CCUGCUCAUCGUUCCCGAAAACGACGAACAAACGUUAGCACUUAUGGGAGAGUCAAGAUCAGAACUCAUUGCCUGGGUCAACGACCUUCUCCAGCUCAACUACACCAAGGUCGAGCAAUGUGGAACGGGCGCGGCGUACUGCCAAAUCCUCGACUCCAUCUACGGCGAUGUACCGAUGAACCGUGUCAAGAUGGGCGCGAAGCACGAGUACGAGUUUAUCGCGAAUUUCAAGGUCAUGCAGAACAUUUUCAAGACGAAACGGAUUGACAAGCCCAUACCAGUCGAAAAGCUUGUCAAAUGUAAAAUGCAAGACAACCUUGAAUUCUUGCAAUGGAUAAAACGCUACUGGGACUCCAACUACGGCGGCCAACCCUACGACGCCGUCGGCCGACGACGUGGCCAACCCACCGACACCCCCGCUACCAUCGCUCCCCUCGCGCCAUCUCGUGGCGCUCCAGCCGGGGGAGGCGCACGAGCCGGGGGUAAGACGCCGGUGAGCGGGCAUAGGGCCGGAAGUGCGGCGGCUGUGAACCAUGAGCAAGUCUUGAACUUGCAGGCGCAGUUGAAGGAGAUGUCAGCACAUUUGGAGGGGCUGGAGAAGGAGAGGGAUUUCUAUUUCGCGAAGCUUCGUGAUAUCGAAAUCCUGGCGCAGGCACAACUCGAGGUUUUGGAGGGACAGGGCAAGGACGAUGAGACGCUGCGUGAGAUCCAGAAGAUUCUAUACUCGACCGAGGAGGGCUUCGAAGUUCCCGAAGGUGGCGAAGGACACCUCGUCGAUGAGGAGGAGACGUUCUAAGUUUGUCUUCUCCCACUCCACAAUCGCCCUCUCUCUUCAUCGCUUUCCUCUUCCAAGGCUCAGAGCCUUCCACCUCGCCCCUCCAUUAUAUCAUAACAGCCCCGAUGGUUUUUGACCCAUUUGUCUUGUAUGGCUUGAUUCCCUGGUUUUGUAUCUAUACCACCGAUAGCCCCGUCUUCGCCCUCUUUCUCGUGAUCAUCCUCGUUCCGUUUCUUUCGCACUAGGAACUGAGCCUCUUCGACUGUCACCCUGGUCCAAUAAUUGUCGUCUUUUAAUUCUCAUGUGCUAAAUAAACACAAAUGGCAUUCAACCCCAAUCCCAAUCUGGCUCUCCUUUCAUUUCGUUUUGCCUUCCACUCGACUCGC